AUGGCAGCACCUUUUCCAUCCCCAACUACAAAAUGGCACACGGAAACGUACCAGUCCAUAUCCCCUACCCGUCCCGAGCUUUCUGCCAAAGGAAGGACGGUGGUAGUAACCGGAGGGGGUACGGGCAUCGGUGCAGAGACAGCUCGCCAGUUUGCCGAAGCAGGCGCAUCUCGAAUCGCCCUGCUUGGCCGUAGAGAAAAUCCUCUUCUCGACACCAAAUCCUCCAUUCAGCACAAGUUCCCGGGCGUCGAGGUAUUCGUGGCCGCUACAGAUGUUACAAAUAAGGACCAAGUGGACGCAGCUUUCGCCGAAUUUGCCUGCGACGGAAAAAUUGACGUUUUGGUUAGCGGUGCUGCUAUGAUUGGGCCCCAGGAUCCAGUCGGAAAUGUGGACAGCGACAAGUUCCUUGAAGCGAUUGGGCAAAACCUCAAAGGGUCAUUGUCGGUUGCCCAGGCGUUUCUUCACUAUGCGUCGUCAGAUGCGGUCGCUAUCGAUAUCAAUUCGUCUGCUGCGCAUGUGAAUUUUGGACCUGGAUUUGCUGCAUACAGCGUCGCGAAGUUCGCCGUAUUCCGCCUUUGGGAUUCUUUGGCCUUUGCGAACCCAGAUUUAAGCGUGUUUCAUAUCCAGCCUGGUAUCGUGGAUACCGCAAUGAACAAAGAAGCCGGAGGUGUCAAAGCCACUGGCAUCGAGGAUCACGUUUCUCUACCGGCGAGCUUCAGCGUUUGGCUUGCAAGCCCCGAAGCUCGCUUUUUGAAGGGAAAGUUUUUGUGGGCAAACUGGGAUGUUGAUGAGCUCAAGACUAAGGCCAAGGAGAUCGAAGAGAGUACUCAGCUUAGUAUUGGGCUUGGCGGGUGGCCUUUUCAGGAUGCAGGCUGGAAGUCAAUGUGGAAAUCUUAG